AUGGCGAAUAUAUUUGGUAUUGAAUUAGACGAACUUGAUGAAGUCAUCAGUCAACCUGAAAGGCCUAAGACUUUUGGUUUGUUACCUUCUACUUCGGUCUUAAAGCGCCCAGCAGUUCCUAUUCCUUCGUCGUUUUCUUUACCAACAACUCGGAAAUCGAAAUUCAAAGCACCAAGAUUAAAAUCAGUCACCUUACCUACUGAAGCCGGUUGUCUUCAUGAGGUUGUUUUACCGGUUGGUGUUGAUCGUUUCAAGUCACUUACACCAAUCUCUCAAAUCCCCGCCAAAACUUAUCCCUUCAAACUAGAUCCCUUUCAACGUGAAGCCGUCCUUUGCAUUGAAAACGAUCAGUCUGUUCUAGUUUCAGCUCACACAUCUGCAGGGAAGACUGUUGUUGCUGAAUAUGCAAUUGCCCGUUGCCUGGCAAAUAAGCAACGAGUCAUUUAUACCACGCCAAUUAAAUCUCUAAGCAAUCAAAAAUUUCGUGAAUUCACUGCAGAGUUUAAAGAUGUUGGUCUUAUGACGGGUGAUAUUACAAUCAAUCCCGAAGCUACUCUACUUAUAAUGACAACUGAAAUUCUCAGAUUGAUGCUCUAUCGUGGAAACGAAAUCACGCGAGAGUUGGGUUGGGUUAUUUUUGAUGAAAUUCAUUACAUGAAGGAGAAAGAACGUGGUGUUGUCUGGGAGGAAUCGAUUAUCCUUCUAUCGGAUCGUGUACGCCAGGUCUUUCUCAGUGCGACAAUCCCCAACGCCAGACAAUUUGCUGAAUGGGUUGCUUUUCUCCAUAAGUUGCCUUGUCAUGUCAUCUAUACGGAUUAUCGUCCUACUCCCCUUCAGCAUUAUGUAUAUCCCUGUGGUGGUGAUGGUAUCUUCUUGGCCGUGGGUAAAGAUCGUGAGUUCAAUGAAAAGAACUUCGAUGAGGCCGUAGGUGUAGUCAGAAAGGCCGCGGAUAACGCCAAGUCAGAUGCUUCAAUGCGUGGUCAUCGCGGUGGGUCCCAAAGAGCAGUCACCUAUUGCUCAAAAUUAAUCAAACUUGUGAUGGACAACAACCUCCAACCCCUUAUUGUCUUUUCGUUCAGCAAAAAUGACUGCCAAUUCUACGCCAAUGAAAUCUCCAAGAUGGAAUUCACAGAUGAUAAAGAAAAGGCUGCAAUCAAGCUAAUUACCUCCAAUGCCCUGGAAUCCCUCUCAGCGGAGGACAAGAAAAUUCCCCAAAUCACAGAAAUGAUGCCAUUCCUUCGACGGGGAAUUGGUGUUCAUCAUGGUGGUUUGCUUCCGAUUCUCAAAGAGCUGGUUGAAAUUCUCUUUGGUGAGGGUUAUCUAAAAGUCCUCUUCGCUACUGAGACCUUUGCAAUGGGUCUCAACAUGCCCGCUCGAACGGUUCUCUUCACUGCUACUCGCAAAUUUGACGGUCAGAGUUUCAGACACUUGUCAUCUGGGGAAUACAUUCAGAUGUCUGGUCGUGCUGGACGUCGUGGUAAAGAUGAUCGGGGUACUGUGAUCCUCAUGAUCGAUAACACCGUCUCUCCUGAUGCCGCUAAACAGCUGUUAUUAGGUGCUCCGGAUCCUCUUAAUUCAGCAUUUACUCUAUCUUACAACAUGGUGCUCAACUUGCUGUUGGUUGAAGACAUUAAUCCUCAAAUUAUGCUGGAAAAGAGUUUCUUCCAGUUCCAGAACUACGCCUCGAUUCCAAUUCUUGAACAAAAGAUUGAAAAACUAGAUGCAGAAUAUAAGAACAUUGGAAUUUCAGAAAAUAUUAAUAUUGAGGAUCUCUCGAAUUUACUUCAACUGCGAAGAGCAAUUGACGAUUUAGAACGCCAGAAAUGGCAACUGUCUAUGAAGUAUAAAUAUUCGGGACCCUUCCUUGUACCUGGUCGAAUCGUACGAGUUGAAAGUGAUUCGGGAGUGGAUUUUGGUUUUGCAAUUGUACUAAAUAUCCGCCGAUCAAAGAAACGAGAUCCUGAUAGUGGUAGUGUGCUGUCAGACUCCAUUACGGCAGAUGUUUUAGUCAGAGUAGCUGUGGAGAACCCUGAGGAUUUCACCAACCCCAUCAUCCUUGAUCCUGAACCCCUUGAAUUGUCCUCUUUCAAACCUAUUGAUGAAUUUGAUAUCCAAGUUGCAGAAGACGAAGAUGAAGAGGAACGGUCUCCCAAGGUUGAGUCUAAACCCCACAGUUCUUCCAAGAAACGAAAGAGGCCAUGGAAGAGCAAUGCUAAUUCAAAACCCCAACCUGCUAAAAAGUUAAAAACGUCGACUCAUGUCGCCAUGGCAACUAUCGCACGCGUACCUCUAGAUUGUCUCCACGACAUGUCAACUGUUUGUUUGAAUUUCAAAACCAUAUCUGGUGCUGAUCCGAAAAAUUCCUCAGCACUGGUUGGUAAAAUGGCCAAGUUGCCGCCUCCCUUGAGGUUGAAAUUCUGGGAGGGAAUUGAUAGAGCCAAAGCAAAGUUGAAUGGUGAAAUCCCUCUUUUGGACCCUAUUGCUGAUUUGGGCAUUAAGAAUAAUGAGCUAAAGAAGUGUCUUGAAAAUAUUCAUCUGUUGAAAGCUCGUUUUGCUGAUAAUCCCCUUUCUACAAGAAGCGAUAUUGAUCAGCUUGUUCACAAUCAUGAAAGGAGGAUUGUGAAAUUCCAGGAGCUUCGAAUGGCUCACGAGGAGUUGAAUAAGAAGGAAUCUCUUUUGCAGCUGGAUGAAUUACACUCGAGAAAGAGGGUUCUGCGAAGACUGGGUUUUUGUGCUGAAGAUGAUGUCAUUCAUCUGAAAGGUCGUAUUGCCUGUGAAAUAUCCUCUGGAGAUGAAUUAAUGCUUACGGAAUUGCUUCUUGAUGGCUUCUUUAAGUGA